AUGUCUCUCCACGUUCCCAUGGCCCAUCGCUCCAGGGAUCAGGGCGGUGCCACAAAGGCCGUCAUCCUGGUCGGUGGUCCUUCUCGAGGAACUCGCUUCCGCCCUCUUUCUCUCGACGUGCCCAAGCCUCUGUUCGAAGUCGCCGGCCACCCCAUCAUCUGGCACUGCCUGUCCUCCAUCGCUCGCGUUCCCAACAAGCAGAUCCAGGAGGUCUACAUCAUCGGCUACUACGACGAGUCCGUCUUCCGCGACUUCAUCAGAGACUCUGCCAAGGAGUUCCCCGACAUCACCAUCAAGUACCUGCGCGAGUACGAGUCUCUUGGAACUGCUGGUGGUCUGUACCACUUCCGCGAUGCUAUUCUCAAGGGCCGCCCUGAGCGCCUCUUUGUCCUCAACGCCGAUGUCUGCUGCUCUUUCCCUCUCGAGGAGAUGCUCAAGCUUUUCAACGACAAGGAUGCCGAGGCCGUCAUUCUCGGAACCCGUGUGAGCGACGAGGCUGCUACAAACUUUGGUUGCAUCGUUUCCGAUUCUCACACUCGCCGUGUUCUUCACUACGUCGAGAAGCCCGAGGGGCGCAUCAGCAACCUCAUCAACUGUGGUGUUUACCUCUUCUCCACUGAGGCCAUCUUCCCCUCUAUCCGUUCCGCCAUCAAGCGCCGCCUCGACCGCCCCUCUCGUCUCGUUUCCUACCCCUCUUCCGAUAACCUCGAGAACAGCUACAUUGCCCCCAACGACGAUGACGAGGACGAGGAGAAGAAGCGCGAGGUCAUUCGCCUGGAGCAGGACAUCCUGUCCGAUAUGGCCGAUAGCAAGCAGUUCUACGUCUACGAGACCAAGGACUUCUGGCGUCAGAUCAAGACUGCUGGCUCUGCUGUUCCCGCCAACGCCCUGUACCUUCAGAAGGCCGCUCAAUCCGAGUCCGCCGGGGAGCUCGCCACCCCCAGCGCCAACAUCGUUCCUCCUGUCUUCAUUCACCCUACCGCCACAGUUCACCCUACUGCCAAGCUCGGCCCCAACGUGAGCAUUGGACCCCGCGUCGUUGUUGGCGCUGGUGCCCGUGUGAAGGAGAGUAUCGUUCUCGAGGACUCUGAGAUCAAGCACGACGCCUGUGUCCUCUACUCCAUUAUUGGCUGGGGUAGCCGCGUCGGUGCUUGGGCUCGUGUUGAGGGUACCCCCACUCCUGUCGGCAGCCACUCAACCAGCAUCAUCAAGAACGGUGUCAAGGUCCAGAGCAUUACCAUCCUGGGCAAGGACUGUGGUGUCGGCGACGAGGUCCGCGUUCAGAACUGUGUCUGCUUGCCCUACAAGGAGCUGAAGAGGGAUGUCGUCAACGAAGUCAUCAUGUAA